CUGGAGUUUGCCCAGACGGAGCUGUCAGCGAGAGGAGAAGAAAACCCGGCAUUUCUGGAGGAAUUAGAGCAGACUCUGGCACUUUUGGCCUUCGAUGAUCCUACCACCAGUCCGUACGCUGACCUACUGGAGAGCUCGCAGAGACUCAAGCUGGUCAGCGAACUGAACUCUGCCCUCCUGGCCAGCCAAGACCAGGAGACCACUUCGCGACUGAGCGUCCUCAUGAAGCUGGUACUGUGGACGCAGGAACAGCUGCAGAAGAAAGGACUCGUGUUCCCAAAACUUGCCAACAUCUCCUCUGGAAAACUGGAGAGCUCCUCUACCACCCAAUGA